AUGGAAGUCAAAACAUUUGCCUUUCUUCAAAUCACAGUGUUUAUUGCACUUGGAAUCCAAUUAUUUGUUGCAGGAACAUAUGCUGAUAUUAGCGAAGACGAACUUUUUACUGUAAAAUAUUGCGGAAUGAAUUGCACGCAGAAAGAUGAUGGAAGUUGGACAGCAUGCUCUGAUAAGAAUGAAGAAUGCAAAUGCUUUCAUGAAAGCGAUAAAACAGAAGGUCUCUGUUUAUCUACUGAAUACACUGACUUUACUCAAUAUGAAUGGGCAAAUAGUUCGGAGAUUGACGCAGCCACGCCCCUGCCCCCAGGGAAAUUAGUCAAUUGA